AUGAAUAACAGAUCCGAUUCAUACAAGUCGAACUCGAGCAGGUCCACGGAUAGGUCGGGAGGCUCUGGUAUGAGGAGCGGUAGGAGUGGUGGUAGCAGCAAGAGACCUGGACUGGAGUCAUCGCAGUCGUCUGAUACGCUAGUGGGAUCUGCGUACGAGCGGAAAGUCAGCGACCUCGACCCUAUCCCCGAGAGAGUGGACACGACCGGUCGACUAACUGCGUUGAGAGAGUUGAUGCAGAAGGAGACGUUGGACUACUAUAUCAUCCCGACUGAGGAUGCGCAUGGGUCAGAAUAUGUAGCUAUCAAUGACAAACGUAGAGAGUGGAUCUCCGGGUUCACUGGGUCUGCAGGACAAGCUAUCAUCUCCAGGACCAACGCCUAUCUCGCCACAGAUGCUCGUUACUGGAUCCAAGCGCGCGAACAGCUCGACGAAAACUGGAUUCUCAUUGAGGCAGGCUCCGUGGGCGGCCCAGCUGACUGGAUAUCCUGGCUCUCCGAUCGGGCCAAGGACGCGCGCAUUGGGAUUGACUCGCGCAUGGUCUCGUACGAGAAGGCGACAAAGCUGAACCAAGCACUCGUUGGGAAGAGCUGCAAGCUCGUCUAUCCGCCGCAGAAUUUGGUCGACCUCAUUUGGGUAGAGAAGCCAUCACGCUCGAAGGAGCCGAUCUUCGUGCAGCCGCAUCAGUUCACGGGGAAAGAGGCAGGCGCGAAGUUGGCGGAGUUGCGUGCAUGGAUCGGAAACCAGGCGCCGACGGUACCGUCGUACUCGAAGGAGCCACCAAAGCCGUCGCAGAUGCAAGUGGCAACGCUCAUCUCGUCGCUACCGAGUAUCGCAUACGUGCUCAACUUGCGCGGAGACGACAUCCCGUUCAAUCCUGUCUUCCAUGCGUAUUUGUUUGUGAGCUUAACGCAGGCAAUUCUCUUCAUCGAGCCUGCCAAGGUCAGCAAAGAGGUCGAUGAAUAUCUGCAGUCGAUUGGCGUGGAAAGGAUGGAGUACAACGAGAUCUGGGGCUUCAUCCGGCGGAAACCAUGGGGAGAGGGCAAGGUCAUCAUCACGCCGGAAACAUCCUACGCCAUUUCACUCAUCCUAACAAGCUUCCGGUACACGGUUCUACCGUCAUACGUCGACGAGAUGAAGGCGAUCAAGAACAGGUCGGAGAUCGAAGGGCUGCAGCAUGCGUACCUCCGCGACGGUUGCGCCUUCGUGAGGUUCCUCGCCUGGUUGGAGGAGAAGAUACGCCAGGGUUACGAAAUCACUGAAUAUGAGGCUGCAUGGCGUCUUACGGAGUAUAGAAGGAAGCAGGCGCAUUAUAUGGGCCUUGCCUAUGAGAACAUCUCGGCCAGUGGUCCCAACGCUGCUCUACCGCAUUAUAGCCCACGCAAGUCGACCGCUAUAUAUAUAGACAGGAAAACACCGUAUUUAAACGAUUCGGGCGGACAGUACCAGGAUGGCACCUGCGACACCACUCGGACUAUACAUUUCGGCCAACCCACGGAUGCGCAGUGUGAAGCGUUCACGCGGGUUCUCCAGGGUCAUAUUGCCAUUGACAGCGCCAUCUUCCCCGAGGGAACGAGUGGCGCCAAACUGGAUGUCUUGGCUCGGCGGGCGUUGUGGCAAGAUGGACUGAAUUACAUGCACGGGACCGGACAUGGGGUCGGGUCUUACUUGACUGUGCAUGAAGGUCCGCAUGGCUUCUCCUCGGACGUGCCGCUAAAGCCUGGGCACGUCAUCACGAACGAGCCAGGUUUUUACAAAGAGGGCGAAUGGGGCAUACGGAUUGAGUCUGCCCUCUUCGUCAAACCUGUGACAACCCGCGGCGAAUUCAACGGCGCUAUUUGGCUGGGUUUCGAGCGCCUCACCUGUGUGCCAAUUCAGACCAAGAUGGUCAAAGACGUGAUGCUGUCCAAAGAAGAGCGGCAAUGGCUCAAGUCUCACAACGCGCGCUGCCUCGAUCUACUCACGCCUCUUCUCCAGGAACAGAACGAUCAAAGAGCACUGAAAUGGCUGCGUCGCGAAGCCAGUCGUGGUAUUGGCGCUGCCAAAUCUGGUCCGGGCGGCAUCUCGAUCGACUGGGACUGA